GAGAGCGCAGGGGUUGUCUCGCGCUAGCGCACUCCCAUCUCCUCGUCUCACCUCAUCUUCUCGGCGCUAAUAAAAAGGGACCCUGAGACUUCUCCGUCUCAGGUCAAGGCGACCCGACGACGUGACGAGAGAAUCUCUCCUCUCUCUCUCUCUCGCUCUCGCGUGAGGAAUCCUCGUCCGUCCCGGUCCCACGCUCUCUCGCUCGCUCGCUGACGUGCGGGACCCACCGGUGCUGCUCCGCCAGUCCGCGUGCCAUCCGCGGGAGCCGCGACCGCGACCGCGACCGCGACCGCUGGCUUCCACCCCAAGCCCCCCCUCCCCAACCCGUAAACCCCUCCAGCAGCAGAGGCCUUUGCAGUUGCUUCGCCUUCUCCAUCUCUCUGCUUCUUUUGUUUGUUUUUCUUUCCCAUCUACUCCGCUCCUCCGCCGUUGCCUCCCCGGCUCGCCGUCACCGGGAGACGCGAGGUCCUGACCUUUUUCAAAGGCGCGAAAGAUUGUGUUUUUCAUCGUCUUGGGGGGUGUCUUCUGUGAUGUGCUUUCAAGAAACCCUCUUCUGGUUUCUUGCUCCACGGCGGCGGUUUGAGUCUCCGUCUCACUGAUAAUCCGAUUUGGAGCGCGAUUGCGAUUUUGGAGGGGUGAAUGGGUGCGGCCGGGGCUGUUGUUGAGAUCAGUUCGGACGACGAGGCGAUUCCUGUUGCUGCCAAGCGUCCCAACGUUCCUCCCGUGUCGUCUUCACAUCCUCUACCUGAAGACUGCAACGGAGUUGAGGAGGGUUUAGGUGAUCCUGCUGCCUUGGUGGAAUUCGUGGCAUCUAUGCUGGAUGACAAAAGGUCUGCGCGUGAUGUGGCUGCUGCUGAUGAUGGGGACGACGACGAUUGCGUGAUGCUAGAUGGUGACCCUGAUAAAGCGGUCCUCGUUGUCAAUGAGCAGAGACCUGGGCAAGGUGGCCCAGAGGAAGAACUGCAGAUAGUUUCAGAGAAAGGAGAGAUAGCAUGCAGGGAUUUCCCUCAUCCACGCCAUCUAUGUGUUAGCAUGCCAUUCACAAGUUCUCAUGCAGAUCAUUGUGCCAUGUGCCACUGUUAUGUUUGCGACUCUCCUGCUCCCUGUGCCUUUUGGGGCAAAGGUACAGAGCCUACUGAUCAUUGUCAUGCUACGGACAAGAAUGCAAAAUGGACGAAAAUGAGGCAGUCAUUGAAGCGCAAAAACCUGCCAUCAUCUAACCGUAGAGGUAUCAAGAAUCAUUUUCAGCCAAUCUCAGCAACAGCAUCCUUGCAGUUGCAGCAAUAUACAGGGGAUCGUUUUUCAGUUCCACGUCUAUCACCAUUGUCUCCAGUAGGAUUCCAUGUUUCGAGAAAUGUGAGCCAAAAUCAAUGGAUGAUGAAGCUCAUUGGAGUUCCACCGAAUGUGGGACAACCUGUUAAUCUGCAGGAAGCAACAUUUCCUAGAGCUAGCAUUCCGCGCAAAAGAUUCAGAAGUGAUGGUUCAGCUCCUCCAGUUCAUCUAUCCACAAAUGCUAACCAUUUGCGCCAUCCUGCCCCUAACUCUGUCCUGGUUCAGCCAGUAUCCUCUGCAGCAUUUCAGACAACACAAUCUCAACCAGCAUCCUCUGCAGUAUCUCAGAAUUCUGUCAGUGCUGCUAGACCAUUACGAGUUCAGACAACACAAUCUCAGCCACCAUCCUCUGCAGUAUCUCAGAAUUCUGUCACUGCUGCUAGACCAUUACGGGGUUACUCACCUCAGAAUUCUUUCAGUGCACCAGUUAGGGUUCAGUCGACAUCAUAUCAUCAGGUUGCUCCAGGUAUAUCUCAAGGACUUCAGGUUCAGUCAACAUCAUACCUUCAGGUUGAUCCAGGCAGGGCGGUUAGUGCUGAACUGCAGCUUUCUCAGUGUUCCUCGCUUCAAACUCAGGGAAUUCAACACCAGCAUGAUCCAUCGGCAGAUAUUUACCAAAACAUAUGGAAGGAGGCACUUGCUAAGCUGGCAUCAGAGCUGGGGGUUUCUGAUUACAAUAUUGAUCCACCAGGGCGUCUUCCAAGCACUCCUCAACCCAAUCAGCUGCAUGCUCAAAUGAGGCCUGGUCAUCAACCUACUCAAGCAACGGCAAGGCAGGGAGUUCAAGCUAAUGGUGGUCAUGUUGCAGCAGCAUCACAGAAAAGGACUUCCAAUGGCCACCACUUGCCAAAUCACAAACAAUUCAACCCUGGUGCCAAUUGAACUCACAGAGCAGUCGUACUCCAAGUGAAUCUUAUCUGAGCAAUUUUGUAGCCCCGCCUUGAUUCCUCCUGGCCACCAGGGUCCUAGAAUUGGAUUCUUUGUGCCACCAUUUUCACCUAGACAUGGCAACUGCACCAUGUUUUGUGCUCCUCUUAGGCUCUGUUCGUUUCCUGGAGUUCCCAACUCCCCCAUCUCAUUUUCCGCGCGCACGCUUUUCAAACUGCUAAACGGUGUGUUUUUUGCAAAAAGUUUAUAUACGAAAGUUGCUUAAAAAAAUUAUAUUGAUCCAUUUUUGAAAAAAAAUUAGCAAAUAAUUAAUUAAUCACGUGCUAAUGGACUGCUUCGUUUUCCGUACCGGAGGGAUGGGUUCCCAACUCAACCAAAAGAACAGAGCCUAGACAAUUAGUAUAAAGAGGAGGUGUUCUUACUUCUUUAGUCUUGGCAAAUGUUAGCAUUAGUUUUCUUAGCCUACCUUACAACAGUACAAACUACAAAGCUAUCUCAGGAGAGUAGAACAGGGCACCCGGCACUCCAUUAGGAUAUAGUGUUUUAGUGCUGAUCUUUCUGAUGUAAUGGCUCAUAGUUCCUACAAAGAAAAUGUAAUGGCUUAAAGCUCUGAAUUAAUGGUCGAUUUUUCAGUAGAAAAUAUGAUGGUAGCCAUUUGUUU